GCCCACCACCCACCGCGACAACUGUCCUCGACGCCCGAUGCGCGAACCGCCAUUGCCUAAUUUGACCCAAAUUUCACAUUGAACAGAACCAUAACCCAUGGUCUGUAUAUAGCGCCCUCGAACAUAUCUACACCUGCACACACACACACACACACACAUCGGUGGCUGCACGGCCGCAUACGAAGGACAAGGGGCAUUGAAACACACCAUCUAGCUAUUAUAAAAUAAAAAGGGGGAAAGAGAGAGAAAGAGCGAGAGCGUGCAACACAAGGAGAAAAUAACAAACAACACGCCCCUACUGCGGCGCGGAACCCCCACAAUGUCGAACCGCUUCAGCCGCCACGACGCCCGCGACGACCUCUUCUCCUCGUACAACCGCAGCGCCUCGCCCUCGAAAACCAAAAACAAAGCCCGCGCCUCGCCCUAUGGCGGCGGUGGCUACGCCUACACUGCGCCUACGUCGCCAAACGGGAGCCCGGGGUUCGGCGCGUACCCUGGUGGUGGUAGUAGCAGCGCGAGCGGGCAUGGCAAUGGGAAUUUGUAUCCUGGGGGUAGCAGCAGUGGUGGUGGAUACGGUCUAGGUGGUGGCAUGGGUAGACGGAGCGACGAUGCCGUGUUUCGGAGUGCGACGCCGAAUUCGCGGGGUCAGUAUUCGGCGGCUGUGCUGGAUGAGUUGGAGAGUCAGAAUGAGGAACAUGUGGGUGUGUUGACGAGUAAGGUGAAGAUGUUGAAGGAUUUGACGCAUCUUAUCGGCGACGAAAUCCGCGAUUCCACAUCCCUGGCGGAGAAAAUGAACGAUCAGUUUGAGAACUCGAGGUAUAAGAUUAGGGGGACCAUGACGCGUAUGCUGCGUAUGGCGGAGAAAACGGGGGUUGGGUGGAAGGCUUGGGUGGGGUUUUUUGCCGCUGUCAUAUUGCUGUUUUGGUGGGUGUGGUUGGGUUGAGUGUACAUCAUACAUGUCGGCGAGGGGUUUUUUUUUAUGAUGCGCUUGUAGAGAUGGUUUGUGCGGGGUUUUGUAUGGAUACGCAUGGGAAAUGGGAGAUGAAGGGAGAGGUUAUUAGAGGUGGGAUUUGCAUUGCAUAUCGCAUGGCGUUUUGGGAUGGGGAUGCUGUGUAUUAGGGCUAAUCAAGACAUUGUCUUCUCGGUUUAG